GCCUGUGCAAAGGCUUAGAAUAAUGGCUGAGGGUUUCCACAUGUGCUUUGGGAGAAUAAGGUGCGUUCUGAGACCCAUGCUCUCCAGUGGAAGCAUGAGCUGCAGACCCUGUGCCUGUCUGUGCAUGUGUGUGUGCCUGGGCACAUGUGUGUGCCCAUGCAUGCAUGUGUGUGCAUGUGCAUGCAUGUGUGUGCAUAUGAGUGUGUGGUGGUAUGAAUCUACUCAGAAAGGAAAAUGCCAAGAUGGGAAAAUGGGCUGGACUGUGACUGCAGCUUAUUCACUCAGCUUCUUUUAAGGCGGAGGAAAAGGAGAAGCUGUAAGAGAGAGUUUUACCAGUAGGUCAUUCCUCUACCCCAGCAGUACUCCAAGAAGGUGUAGGGCAGAGAACUGUGCCUCAACAGAGGUGGCAGGAGCACCCAGCCCACCUCCAGCCUUGGCCCUGGAAGGACGGCCAUGGCCAGCCCCUGCCCGACCCUGCUGCUUCUGGGGGCCCUCGUGGCCUUUGUGUCCAGGAGUGCCCAAGCCUGGGGCUCACCAAAGGUGGUGAGAAAAUUCCAAGAUAUCCCUGAGACCUAUGUCUACGUGCAGCAGGCACUCUGGUACGCCAUGAAGGAAUAUAACAAGGCCAGCAAGGACAAGUACACCUUCAGGGUCAUGAAAAUCAUGAAGUCCCAGGAACAGGUCACAGAUAGUUUGGAGUACUAUAUUGAAGUCAAAAUUGCCCGAACAAUGUGCAAGAAAAUUUCGGGAGAAAAUGAGAACUGCUUAUUUCAACAAGAUCCCAAAAUGCAAAAGGUGGCUUUUUGCACUUUCAUUGUUGCAUCUAAACCCUGGAAAUUUGAGCUCAAUAUGCUGAAGAAACAGUGCAAAGAUGCCUAA